ACUUUCUCUCUCUAAACCUCUCGAUUUCGACUCCCACACAGAUGAUCUAGCGACGCCUCUUGUCCAAAUUCAUCACCAACCCACGUCGUUUCUUCGCAAAUCAUUCAUACCCAUCUCCUCAAUCUUCAAAUCAUAUCCUUAUAGAUCGACGGUGGAAUUACCUACGUAAAUUCAAUGUGUUUUGCCCAGUGUUUGUUUUGUGGAAAGAUGUCGAAUAAUCAGGUGGUCAAAAUACCAAGAGAUGCGAUAUCAGCAUGCAUGACAUGCCCUAUUUGCAAUAAACUCUUUCGUGAUGCCACUACCAUCCCCGAAUGCCUUCAUACGUUCUGCAGGAAAUGUAUCCAUAAGAAGCUCACAGAUGAGGAACUUGAAUGUUGCCCAAUAUGCAAUAUUGAUCUGGGAUGUGUGCCUUUAGAGAAACUGAGCAAGCCAGACCAUAAUUUGCAAGACAUUAGAGCCAAGAUAUUUCCUUCUAAACGGAGAAGGGUAAAGGCCCCUGAGGUUGUGCCUUCAGUUACGCUACCGUUAAGAAGGAAAGAGAGAUCACUCUCAUCACUGGUAGUCAGCACUCCCAGAGUGUCGACACAAACUACAAUGACUGGGAAAAGGUCAAAAGCAGCCGCAAGAAAGAAACUGCGUGGGCCCAGUUUCUCCGUUGAGAAAUCUGUCAAGAAUGAGGAAGAUUCCAUGGAUGACCACCAAGAUAGCUCGAGUUCAAGGGAGAUUUCAAAUAAGCUCACACAGAAUUUAGGGCAGAAUUCCUCAACUCCUGAGCCAUCCAGUGAUCCUUCACCUGAUAAAGAAACAAAGAAUGGUAGUGGACCACGGGAUGGGAAAGUUGAUCUAUGGAAACCUUUGAAUUAUUUGGUGGAAGUGGCAAAUAGGAGUAAAUCUUCCAAGUUUACUUCACAAAGUUCUGCUGUCAAAUCACCACCACAACAUACUCCGAAGAGUGAAGGACAUGGCCGUAAGCCCAAAGGGCCUCCAUUAAAGCGAUCUAAAUUUCAAGAUGAGAAUGGCAGGUCUGAUGUGGAUGUGACAGAAUCGGCAAAACCUAAAAAGAUAAGAAAGAAUCGCAAAAACAAGGCAGAUAUGUUAGGAGAGUCAGAUGUUGCUACUCUACAAGCUGCAUUGGAUGCUGAUGCUAAUAAUGCUCCCCGGGAGAAAAGAAUAAAUCCUAUUUGGUUUCACUUGGUGCCUUCAGAAGAACAGGAAGGAGAACCCUUGGGGCAGAUAGAAGGAAGUUUUGUCAGACUAAAGGAUGGAAACAUACCUGUUUCAAUCAUCCAAAAGUUUGUGAUGAGCAAAUUGAAACUUGGAAGUGAAAAUGAGGUUGAGCUCAGGUGCAUGGGUCAGCCACUGGUGCCAAGCUUGCUGUUGGGUAAUCUGAUGGAGCUGUGGCUUCAGACACAACCGACUUCGCAAACGGUUUCGGUUGUGAUUGGAUCAUCGGCUAAGGAAUACAUGAUGGAGAUUUUGUAUGCUAGAAAGGGUUCCGGCCUACCACCUUCGGCUACUUGAACAUAUGUAGCCAACCAUUUCUGUUGGUUUUUAUAGCUUGUGUAUCAGAUAAUAUGAUGGAUUACAAAGUUUUAAGUUGCUAUAUAGUUGUUGGUUUGUGGGUAUCUUGGUUUCUAGAUUUUAUAGUUUAUGUAUGAGAUGAUAUG